GGAAAACUUAGAGUAGAGUACGGAUACUAGAAAAAUGUGGUCAGAGGAAUUGGAUAUAUAAAGUCCUGCUCCCCUUAUCUACACCAUCAUUGACAAAACGUCAUCUUCUGAAGAAACAUUCGACUCAGUCGCCAACAUGAGCGUCAAAGUAGCAACCCCUCUCAGCGGGCUUGGUUUUCCAUCAAGCAACACUCCGAAAUAUAUGAACGGGGACACCCAAGUGCUUGUCCCAUCAAAGUGUUCAACCUAUACUAAUGGGUCUGUCCCUAGAAAGAUCUCCGAGUAUAUAACUCUCCGGGAUGGAACUCAAAUGCCCCGCAUUGGUCUUGGCACUUGGAAAUCCUCUCCAGAGGACACCAAGGAUGCCGUGAAAGUUGCCGUGAAAGCCGGCUAUCGACUUAUUGAUUGUGCGAAUGACUACAACAAUGAGCACGUCAUUGGCGAGGCGCUCCAAGAAUUGUUCAAGGAAGGGGUUGUAAAACGGAAGGAUCUGUUCAUUCAGUGCAAGUUGUGGAACUCUAACCAUAGAGCUGCCCAUGUCAAGGAAGAUCUGAUGGCCUCUUUGGAGGACCUCAAGUUGGAUUAUGUGGAUUCAUUCGUGAUCCAUUGGCCGCAAGCCGUGCCCAGCCACGGGCAAAAUGUUGCUGUAAGGAAGAGUGGAACUUACAUUGAUCACUUUUCUAAAGGAACAAUGAUGCCCAUUCAAGAUAACGGUUAUUAUAGUUGGGACAAGGAAUGUCAUUACAUGGAGACAUGGUACGCUAUGGAGGAUCUUGUCGAUGAAGGACUCUGCAAGAGUAUUGGUUUGUCGAACUUCAACUUGACCCAAGUCCGCGAGGUCCUUACCAAAGCCAAGAAGCAUUUACCGUCCGUUCUUCAAAAUGAAAGCCACCCCUACUUGCAAGAAAAAGACCUACGAGACUUUUGCCGAAUCCACAAGAUUGCCUUCCAAGCCUACAGUGCUCUUGGUUCAUUUGAUCGACCAUGGAAAAAGGCCGGAAGUAUCACAUCUGGAGAACCAAUCACAGGGCACGAGUUGUUGGACAAUCCCAUCAUCAAAGAAUUAGCAGCUUCGUUGGAAAAGUCUCCAGCCCAAAUUGUCCUUCGGUGGCAUCUGGAAAUGGGUGGAACUGCCGUCUCAAAGUCUGUCCGAGCUCACCGAAUCAUUUCCAACUAUGGGGUGUGGGAUUUCGAGCUGAGCCCAUCUGACUUGAGCAAGAUUUCCGAUUUGAAUGUAGGAUGGAGACAUUUGCUCUGGGCCGAAACCGCUCUUCACUUUGACUACCCAUUCAAAGACUUCCUUCCCUGGGAUUACCAGCCCGGCAAGCCCGACUUGAAAGCUCUCAGUGUUGGCCCCAAGCCCACAUAAAAACGGGACACCUUUCUUGCAUUCAUAUCAAUUAGAAUUUACUGACACGUUUUUGAGCAACUGUAAUUUAAUCCAAUAUCAUACAUAUCACAAUGAAUCACAAUGGAACACAAGUCUGUAAUUGAUCGCAUGUUUGAUGUAAUAAAACUCAAGAUGGACGCAUCA